GAUGAAAGGUACGAUACGGAAUCGUCAUCUUCUGAUACUAAUACGCAAUACGACUCCGAGCGGGAGCGACGAUGUGACCAACAAUGCACGGGCAUUAUUACGGCCAGUAGGAGGCAUAAGAAGGAGCGGAACUUCCAGAGGAAGAUCAAGUUGAUCAAGAAGAACUUGAGAGCAUGGAAUAAGAAGAUAAGUAAGGCAGAGACUGAAGAGAUCGAGAGGGCUCGUAAGGAGAGAGCUAAGUAUGCUGGUAAUGACGACAUCGAUGAUGAUAAUUGGCAAGGACCAAGUGGCCAUCAUAAUGAUAAGAUCGAUGGUCGGAAGAACAGCGAGAGCAGCUCUUCAUCUCAAGUGCAAUUAAAUACUAGUAGAACCUCUUCUACUACCAGAGCGGAUACAUCAGCAUUCUCACUGGGAUCUCAGUAUGAUUCUGAUUCUGACCCUGAUAACGAUUUUGGCGAUCUUCCAAGCGACCCAGAUGAGAAUGAGGAACUCAAAAGGCUGGCAGGGCGGAUCAUGCGAGUGCAUAUGUCCAGCCUUAACUCUUACUCUCGAUUUGGAAGGAGACCGCAGCGCAAGAAGCCCGCCGGUCCUUCCACCACAUCGAGGGAGACUUCCAAAUUCGUUCCUUCCCCGAAAAAGACAAGUCGUGCUCCUCAGAAGGUGCUCACUACAGUGAUUAACGCCAGCUCGGAGGAUGCUCCGUGGGAAACGGUCUUUAUGGCUGAGGUUGCUGACAACAAGAACUUGAAAGAAUCGGUGAAGGAUGAUUUAAUUAAAAUGAUGCGGUAA